AUGAGUGUCCUUCUCGAGACAUCUGCUGGUGACGUUGUCAUCGAUCUUUUGGUCGAUUAUUCUCCCAAGCUUUGCGAAAACUUCCUAAAGCUGUGCAAAAUCAAAUACUACAAUUUCUCCCCGAUUUAUGGCGUUCAGAAGAAUUUCUCGUGCCAAAGUGGCGAUCCAGUGGGACCGGAUUCGAAGGAUAGUGACGGCGGAAGUUCGAUUUGGGGAUUAUUGGAAGGACCAGCGAAGAAGACAUUCAAAGCAGAAUUUCACCCAAAGUUAAAACAUGCGGAAAGAGGAACUGUUAGCAUGGCUACUGCCCCGUCAACGAGAGAUCCGGAUGAACGUCUCGCAGGCAGUCAAUUCAUAAUCACUUUGGGGGAUGAGCUAGACUAUUUGGAUGGCAAGGCAGCUAUAUUCGGCAAAGUGGUGGAAGGAUUCGAUGCGCUCGAGAAAAUCAACGAUUCUUUUUGCGAUGAGAAAGGACGGCCUUUGGUGGAUAUUCGGAUCAAGCACACGGUUAUUUUGGACGAUCCUUACGAUGAUCCAGCAGGUCUUGUCGAGCCAUCAGGAAGCCCGAUACCUUCGAAAGCACAACUGGCUACGGUUCGCAUUGGCGAAGAUGAUAAUUUGGACGAAGUGACAGACGUUGAAGCCGUUGAGAAACAGCGACGAGAGCGGGAAGCACGAGCGCAAGCCUUGACUUUGGAGAUGGUUGGAGAUCUACCUUUUGCAGAAGUGAAACCGCCGGAGAAUGUUCUUUUCGUAUGCAAGCUCAAUCCAGUUACUACAGACGAGGACCUCGAGCUCAUCUUUAGUCGCUUUGGCAAGAUUCUCUCCUGUGAGGUGAUCCGAGAAAAACGGACAGGGGACAGUUUACAGUAUUCAUUUAUCGAAUAUGAGGAUCAAAAGUCUUGUGAACAAGCAUACUUCAAGAUGCAAGGUGUUCUCAUAGAUGACCACAGAAUUCACGUCGACUUUUCCCAGAGUGUGUCAAAAUUAUCUGAUACCUGGCGAAGCGCAACAAAUUCCAAGCGAAGGCACGGAGGCGGCGGUUUUGGUGGCGUCAGUGGAUUGGAGAAGAAGAGACAGUAUAGGAACGCGGACUAUAGCUUAGGACCGAGAAGAGAUAAAUAUGGUAUGGUGAUUGAUGAGAACGAGUUGAGGAAGAGACACGAAAAGGAGGGAAGACCCGACGAGGAUAAGCGAGAAAGAAGCAGAAGCCCGCGGGAGGAUAGGAGAGAUUACGAUUCUAGGGAUGACAGACAGGAUGCUGGUCGCAAUAGGGAAGACAAGUACGAUGAUAGGGACCGGAAGGACAGAGGUAGAUACGAUGAUCGUGAUAGAUAUAGGAGCAAUCGUGGCUCGAGGGAUGAAUAUAGGCGGCGGUAG